AUGAGAAUUGGAUGGUUUCAAAAAUUUGUAAAUAAAUGGCCCGGGAAGAAGAAAUUUGUCGCUGCGAUGGUCUCCAUGAUAGCUGGUUCACAAAUAGUUCACAUACACUAUCAACCCUUAGCAGAUCUUAAUAACUAUGUAAAGAAAGAAUUACAGAAUUUACCUGACAAUAUUCAGGAAAAAAUAAGAAAGGAACUCAAAGAAGAAGGUAUAUUAAAA